AUGUCGAACGUACUACCGCUUGUCCGCCUGGUCAGCUUCGGCGUGGUUAUUGUGUUCUCUAUCAUCGUGCUGGGGUUAUGCGCGCACAUAACCAACUUGACGACGAACUCGUUCAUUCCUUUCUACUUCACGUUCGCGGCCAUGGGCAUCGCGACGGUCAUCCUGACCUGGGCUGGUUUGGGCACGCUCUUAAUCGUCGACCGUCUUCGCAAAGGCGCGAUUGCCUCGUGGAUCGUCACAGAACUCAGUGUCAUGGGCUUCCUCUGGAUCUUCUGGUUAACAACCGGCGCACUUGUCUCCGAAGAAAACGCCUUCAGAUUCUCCCCGGGAUGCUCCAACACCCGUGGAACGGUCUGCGGUGAAUUUGCCGCCACCGUCGCCUUUUCAUGGCUCAACUGGUUGAUCAUCUUCGGUUAUGGAGGCACGCUUUUGGUGUUCUCGAUCAUUGCUGCUACGAGGGGAAAUUCGGUGUGGUUCAAAUCCGUUAGCGAGGCCGAUUUCUUGGCUCCCGCAGUACAGAAAGCCGCUCCCCCCACCGUGUACCAGCCGCAGCCGGUCCAACCCCAAAUGCAACAACAACCCAUCCAAGGACAAUACCCUCCCGCUGGCUACCAACAACCACAGCAGCAACCUGCAUUUGUCCCCUCCCCCACCCCCCAAUCACCACAAGUCUAA